CCGCCCACCGAGCGCAGUGCAGUGAUGGGGAGGAGCUGGCCGGGACGCCACUCGCGGGUCCAGUCCACAAUUUUUUUCCGCAUAAAUCAUCCUCCGUCACCGGCGGGGCGAGGGAGACGCGGUCGGCGGGCGAGACGCCAGAGACAAACCCAACGGAGUUUCCCCCCCUGCCGCCGACCCCAAACCCUAGCCGCUCCUACCGACCCCAGCCAGCCGCCGGAAUUCUCCUGGGUGUUCUGUUGGCUUUCCUCAAGCCUGUAGCUUCAUCGCGGCAGCAUGAGCUCUGCUGGUUCUGCAAGGGUUCCAAAGAGGAGACGGACUACCAAGACGUCGGAGGCUGCAGACCGGCAACUUCGGGAGCGACAGUUUCUGGACCUGAACUUAUUUCCAGCUGUUGAAGUAGCCAGAACUGGGGGUUCACUCUCCAUCAAUGACCCUGUCUCACACAGGCAGCCCCCUCCUACGGUGGCUGCCCUGCUUUACGAGACCACACAGGUCGUGGUGUCAUCUGCUGCUGCAGAGUCAAACAUUGGCAUGAAUAGUUUCCCCAUCAACGUGGAAGUGAUUGAUGAUGAUGUUGCGAUUUAUACCUCAGGGCCGCCCCCUCAAUCUCUGUCUCAGGCAAGGCAACAGUCGUCCAGGACAGGACCUAUCACUGUGAUAAUAGAUGAUGAUUCUGAAACUACUGCUGGACCAGCAGGGGAAGCUCUUGAUGAGCAUGUGAACACUCUGCUGUCUCUGGGAAUGAACCCGAGGCACAAUCCCUCGAGAGCACAACCCAACACCGACCUUGUAAUAAACAUAGUAGACACACCUGAGACCAACAACAUACCGCCCAAGGUGGUGCAGCCUGUCCCUGAACCUGUGAAGGAGAUCCCAAAGGAAACAAAGUUCAGCUGCCCAGUCUGCAUGAAUGAGCUGGUCAAUGCAUCAUCGACCAUCUGCGGCCACAUCUUCUGCCAGAAGUGCAUCAAGGCCUCCAUCCAGGCUCAGAAGAAGUGCCCUACCUGCCGGAGGAAGCUGACCAUGAGCAACUUCCACCGGGUCUACCUCCCGACGGCAGAUAAUUAAUCCUAUCCGCCAUUCUUGGAGCAUUAGAGCCGUGGCAGCUGUGACCCUUUUUUGGCACCGGCAUUGUGGUGAUUGUAUCUGAGCUAUUCUUCACAGGGUCAUCAUGAACAUUCAGUUUUUUCCCCAACAAUUUAACAAGUGCUCGAGACGUGAUUACCAAUCUGCAUACCUGGUGGUAGUGGACACUGUUAGUAGUCUUUCCUUGUGGGAAAGUGGAAACCUGUGCUUGGUACUGUGAGAUUAAUGCUUGAAAAUAUUUGAUA